AUGCUUUCUGUUCGAGCGCUCGGAGCUUCAGCUCUGACGUACGCCCUCCUGGUUACGCAGUCUCCCCGUGUUCUCGCCGCGGACUACACAGUUAAAACGGAUGCCUCGACGACAUUGAUCAGCUCGUGGGAAGGGUGGGGUACGUCGCUCUGCUGGUGGGCCAACGCCUUCGGAGACCGUGAGGACAUCGCCGACCUACUCUUCACGCAAAAUGAUACCGUGACGCUGAAGGAGGCGUCGUCUGGACUUCCGGCACUCGGGUUCAACAUCGCACGCUACAACAUCGGCGGUUCCAGUAAGAACGUAAUUGAUGACGCUGGUACUGAAAUCGCGAUGAAGGAGUCGCCUAACAUGCCGGCAUUCAAGGCCAUCGAAUCGUUCUGGUUGGACUGGGCCAGCAACGACACGACCAGCAAAAGCUGGGACUGGGAUGCCGAUGCGAAGCAGCGCAAGAUGCUGGAGUUGGCAACGCAGCGUGACGUCGACCUCACCGAGGCGUUCUCGAACUCGCCGCCAUGGUGGAUGAACAAUAAUCACGCUACUGCUGGUGGGGCUAGCGGAACGAAGGACAAUCUGCAAACCUGGAAUCAUGGCCAAUUUGCGCUUUACCUGGCUGCUGUCGUGAAGCAGGCGAAGGAGAGCUGGGGUGUCACCUUCGACUACGUCGAGCCGUUCAACGAGCCGAUGAGCUCGUGGUGGCAGUUCCCCGGUGGUCAAGAAGGCUGCCACUUUGAUGUGGCCACGCAGAAGGAUGUCUUGGUGAAGCUUCGCACGAAACUGGACCAGCUCGGACUGAAAGAUGUGGCCAUCGCGGCAUCGGACGAAAACUCGGACACCCAGACGCUAUCCACGCUGAACUCUAUGUCAACCGAUGCCAAAGUUAUGGCCACCAUUGAAAAGGUGAACACGCAUGGCUACGGUAACCGCGAGUCGGAUCGAGCACCCUUGAAGGCAUUAGUGAAGAAAGUGAACAAGAAGUUCUGGGACUCCGAGUAUGGCGAAAAGGACGCUACAGGGCUCAGCUUGGCUGAGGCUGUCGCUAUCAACAUCAACGAGAUGGGUGUGUCUGCCUUCGUGUACUGGCAGCCGUUUGACGGCGGAGGCUGGGGUCUCAUCAACUCGGCUCCGGGCAAUAUGACGAUUGGCACGGCCAACCCCAAGUACUACGCACUGGCGCAGUAUUCCCGCCACAUUCGACCUGGUAUGGCUAUCCUCUCUACGGAUGACAAGAAUACGGUCAUGGCUUACGAUGCGAAGACCAAGCUUCUCGUACUGGCGACAGUAAACUCGGGUACCGCUGCCUCGAAGGUCACGUAUAAUCUGGAGAGCUUUUCUAAGGUGGCGGGCCCGAUUAAUGCCUGGACGACCGAGACUAGCGGUACGGGCGCACUUUACAAGACGUCGAAGGUCGAGUUGUCGGGUACAACUUUCAGUGCGUCGAUUCCUGCCGCGUCGGUGAUGACGUUCGAGAUUCAGGGUGUUGCCAUGUAG